AUGUCUCGGGCUGACAAGAAAAAUCUUUUACUUUUAUUCGAUAAACCCACUGAACCGGUGUUUAUGGAAAAGGGUAAAACGCCCACGGUUUUCGAUGUUCCCGAUAAAUUUCUAACCGAUCGUUAUCGUCCAAUUGGUAACGAAGUGCAAAGUCGUUUUGGCGAAAGGGCAGAACAACGGGUGCCCGUACGUGAUAUUACAUUGCCGGAUUUACGUAUACCCAUGUCCUUGGCACGUGAUGAACAAUUUUCUUUGUUUAUACCACGUCAUCGCCGUAUUGCUGGGAGAUUAAUUGAUAUUUUUGUCGGCCUACGGAGUAUUGAGGAUUUGCAAAGUGUUGCCGUGUAUGCUCGUGAUAGGGUUAAUCCGUUUUUGUUUAAUUAUGCCUUAUCGGUGGCUUUGUUGCAUCGUCCUGAUACCAAGGGUUUGGAUUUGCCUUCUUUUGCCCAAUCAUUCCCCGAGAAAUAUGUCGACUCGAAGGUGUUUCGCCAGGCUCGUGAAGAGGCCAGUGUUGUGCCCGAAGGAUCACGUAUGCCCAUUAUUGUUCCCCGCGAUUAUACAGCCUCGGAUUUGGAUCCUGAACAUCGUCUAUGGUAUUUCCGUGAAGAUAUGGGUAUUAAUUUACACCACUGGCAUUGGCAUUUGGUGUAUCCCUUCGAGGCUGGUGAUCGUAGCAUUGUUGACAAAGAUCGUCGCGGUGAGCUAUUCUAUUAUAUGCACGAACAAAUUAUGGCCCGUUAUAAUAUGGAACGGUUUAGUAACAACUUGCCUCGGGUGGCAAGAUUUAAUAAUUUCCGUGAACCAAUUUCGGAAGGUUAUUUUCCGAAAAUGGAUUCGUUGGUGGCAAGUCGUUCAUGGCCACCACGUUUUAAUAACAUAAAACUCAGUGAUUUAAAUCGUGAAAGUGAUCAAAUAAAUGUUGAUAUCAACGAUUUGGAAAGGUGGCGGAAUCAAAUUAUGGAGGCAAUUCAUAAGGGCUUUGCUGUGGAUGAAAGUGGCAAUCAACAACGCCUUACCGAACAGGAUGGCAUUAACAUCCUUGGAAACAUGAUUGAAUCAUCGACCAUAUCACCAAAUCGUAAUCUCUAUGGUGAUCUACAUAAUAUGGGACAUGUUCUAAUCUCAUAUGCUCACGAUCCGGAUCAUCGUCAUCUCGAAUCAUUCGGCGUAAUGGGUGACUCUGCUACAGCAAUGCGUGAUCCUGCAUUUUAUAGAUGGCAUUCAAAUAUCGAUGAUAUAUUUCAAGAACACAAGCGCAAGCUACCACCCUAUACUCUACCACAAUUGCAAUAUGAUGGUAUAACUAUAGAAGGUUUACAAGUGGCCAGCGAUGGUGGUCAACCCAAUGUUCUGUCGACAUUUUGGCAACAAACCGAUUUAGAUUUGUCACGUGGUAUGGAUUUUGUACCAAGAGGAAAUGUAUUCGCAAGAUUUACUCAUUUGCAGCAUACACCAUUUACUUAUACGCUAAAUGUUAAGAAUGCCGGUGGAGCUCAACGUUUUGGUACGGUGCGUAUCUUUUUGGGACCCAAAAAUGAUGAACGUGGCCAGCAGAUGUUGUUUGGUGAACAGCGUCUAAUGAUGGUGGAAUUGGAUAAAUUUGUGGCAGCAUUCAAUCCAGGACAAAAUACCAUACGGCGUCGUUCCGAUGAAUCCAAUGUCACCAUACCCUUCGAACGGACAUUUCGUAAUUUAGAUGCAAAUCGUCCAAAUGCAAAUACUUCCGAAGAACUGGAAUUCAAUUUCUGUGGUUGUGGUUGGCCAGCGCAUAUGUUAAUCCCAAAAGGAUUACCAGGUGAAGGAUUGCGUUGUCAGCUAUUUGCUAUGGUUUCCAACUAUGAAGAUGAUCGGGUCGACCAAGAUCUCGUGGGCAGUUGCAGUGAUGCCUCAUCGUAUUGCGGGGUACGUGAUCGUAAAUAUCCCGAUCGUCGUGCCAUGGGUUUCCCAUUUGAUCGCCUGCCACGUCAGGGUGCAGAUCGUUUAACAAAUUUCCUAACACCAAAUAUGAGCAUUGUGGAUGUAUCGAUUCGCCAUGAUGCCAAUCGUGUGGUGCAACGUCAAUAAAAUUAG